UUCCCCGCUUCGAAAUUCCAGUACUCCAAUCUCGCCGUCGAAAACCACGAGCACAGCACGGCACGGCGGCGAUCGAUCCAUGGAGAAGAAGGAGCUUCUCGGCGUCCGCAGGAGCCCGCCGCUCACGAAGAGGCGGCGCAAGGUGACGGCUGGUGGCGGCGGCGGUGGGACUAGCAUGGCGAAGGCCAUUGCCGCCUACCUCGCCUCCGACUCCUUCAUGUACGCGCCGCUGGUAUCGAACUCGCCGCCGCCGCCGCCCUCGGCAGCGCCUGCCUCGACGCCUGCGGGAGCAGGUUCUUCCGAUAAAGCGUUAACUUUGGUGCAAAAAUACAGAGGCUCCUGGCGAGGUACCUUUACUGCAUGCUAGAAGAAUUUGAGGAAAAGUUGGAGGUGUUCCUGGAGUUGUAGUCUUAUAUAGUUAUAUUGCUAGUUUUAGUUGUUUUUAUUCUGUUGUAAUGCAUAGAUGUUGUAUCUUAACAAUUAACUGUCUUCUAGAGUUCCUCUCCCCUGUAGAAGGCUAACUAUGUUAAUGUGGGGAACUCGUUUAACUA